CCUCAACGAACCAGACCGGCAGUAUACGAGUUUGAUCAUGGCCGAACAGCAGGACCCCUCAGCUCCCGGUAUUGAUGCGCCGCCUCUUCCUCUGGGCUCUCCUCCGGCCACUGUGCCGGAGCUUCCCUCCGUCGGUGGCGGAUCAGGCGGAGCACCGCCGCUUCCUAGCGAGCCUGUUCCGCGAACAGCAUUGGUAGCUUCGACGGAGGAGGAAUCCCCUAAAGAGGCGACGGAAGUCAGUACAUCGUCGGCCGAGCCGAUUCGGAAGGCUGAGUCACCCGCAGCAACGACGGCCGCAGCUAAAGAUCCUCAACCGCAAGAUGCUUGGCAGGCUGUCUGGGAUUCGACACAUCAAGCAUAUUACUUCUACAACACGGAUACGAAAGUGGUAACGUGGACCAAUCCUCGUGUACCACCUGGGAGUGAAGAGGAGAAGGCAGCGUUAGAGCAGCAGCGUCAGCAGCUACAACAAGCUCAGCAAGCGUAUGGAGCCGUGGCGCAGGAUCCGUAUGCUGCUUAUGCGGGUGAGGAGUAUCCGUAUCCACAGCAACCUGCUGCACCAGGUACAGAGGAGGACUAUUCCUUUGCUGCGCGUUUCAAUAAGCGUACUGGUCGCUUCCAAGCAGAUCCCAAACUUGAUCCUUCACGGCAUACCAUCGAAGCUCGUGCUGAACGCCAGAUGUCCGCGUUCUUUGACACGGACCAGUGGAAUCAGACCAGUGGAAUGUCGUUGAAGGAGGAGAGAAGGGAGAUGUAUAAGAAGCUGACGAGGAAGGAGAUUGCGGAGUAUAAAGCGAAGAAGAAGGAGAAGAAAGAGAUGAAGCGUCGUGCUUGGUUGACGAAGGAUUAG